AUGGAAGGCCUUCAGCUAUUUGACAGCAUGUUGACGGCUCGAGUUAAUCCGACAAAUUUUACUUAUACAACGCUGUUGAGUGCUUGUAGCAGGUUGAGAGAUGGUCUUGCAGGGGAAGCAACUCAUGUUAAAGUAAUUGUUUCCGGGAUUGCACCAGAUUUGCCAUUGUACAAUGCGCUGCUCGACAUGUAUUCUAGUUGUGGUGAUAGUGAAACAGCUUUGAAAGUCUUCGGAAAAAUAAAGGAACCAGAUCUGGUAUCUUGGAAUUCAAUGAUUUCUGAAUAUGCAAACAAUGGAGAUGGAGAGAUAGCGGAAGGUAAGAAAAGUUACCCUAAGUAUGCAACAAAGAACCUUGCCUUGGCUGUAAAGGAACAUGUAGCUUCUGAUGAAGGUGUUUUCGAUUGGAACAACAACAUCACUGCUGUGUCUGUCGGUAUUAUCUUAUGGGACUUGUUGGAAUAUUUAGACGAGGUCCCGAGUGGCUCGGGUGCGAUGGCCGCAGAAGCGAACCAGGUGCGCAGGUGCGACAAUGCACUGUUGGGUGGGAGUCCUCAAAUGCGGAACGAAUUGCGCAGAUGCGGUACUGUGCAUCGCAUAAGCGAACACUGGAGGGCUGAGGCUGUCUUGCAAAUGCGAGCAUUUUUCGCAAAAGAGAAGGUCGAAGAUGCGGAAUCGCUGGGCAGAAUAUAUGUACCGGGCCUUGAAGUGCUGUCAGAAAGGGUACAGAUACUUCGAGGGUUGCAAUUUGUUGUUACAGGUUUGGUUGUUAGAACAACUCCAAAGGGGCAAAUACCGUCAGGAGUUUCCACGAAGGCCGUGGAAUGA